AAUGCUUCCCUGGACUGGAGUUAGCUGUGAGACAGAUUAAGCUUUUCCAGGCUUUCUCUCCAAGCUGGAAAUCAGGAGACUGGGUUAUGAUGGUGUAAGGGAUGAACAGCCAGUACAUGCGCAGGGAAGUCUUCUGCUGUGAGACAUGCGAUGAGCUCAAAAGCUUCUGGGAAAAGGAGAUUAGCAAGCAGACUUGCUACCGAGAACUUGAAGAAGAUCGUCAGGAGAGAAGCGCUCUGAGAAAGCUUCGAGAAGAAUGGAGGCAGAGGCUGGAGAAGAGGCUGAGAAUGCUGGACAAUCCUGACGAGGAGGGAAAGCAGGCUAACCCCGAGAACUGAGUGUUUCUAGCAAGCCAUCAGGGGCAUCCUUUCCUAAGAGGAAAAAGACUUCUACCGAGUUAGACUGACUUACUAAGCAGAACUUCCCCUAUUUGCUCUCCCAUUUGAGAAAGGACAUAUAUGUAAACCCCACCCUGUGCUAAUGGGAACUGUUAUUCAGCUCAGCACGGCUCCACACAGAGGACAGGGUGGCUGCAGGGGUGGAAUGCUUGGAUUGUUUAAUGCAAAAAACUCUUUGAAUUAGCACCCCACCCCCGGUUUCAA